AUGGAUCCGAAUGUUUCACUGGUUCAGGAUAGCUCAGAAACUUUGCUUUCGGAUCCGAAACAGUACAGAAGACUGGUGGGAAGGAUGAUGUAUCUGACAAUAACAAGGCCUGAUAUUACCUAUGCAGUAAAUAGGCUGUGUCAAUUUACUUCUGCUCCUAAGCCCUCUCAUUUGCAGGCUGCGUAUAGAGUAUUGCACUACCUCAAAGGAAGUAUAGGCAUGGGUUUGUUCUACUCGGCUACAGCAGAUCUCACAUUAACAGCUUUCACAGAUGCAGAUUGGGGUUCCUGCAAAGACUCUCGACGCUCAACCACUGGAUAUUGCAUGUUUCUUGGUACAUCUUUGAUCUCUAGGAAAUCUAAAAAGCAGGACACUCUUUCAAUGUCCUCUGCAGAAUCUGAGUAUCGUGCAAUGGGUUUUCCUGUCAAAGAGAUUCGAUGGUUGGUAAAUCUUCUUGGAGAACUACAUGCACCUCAAACAAAAGCAGUUGCCUUCUUUUGUGAUAGUAUUGCGGCAAUUCACAUUGCAAAUAAUGUUGUAUUUCACGAAAGGACUAAACAUCUUCAGAUAGACUGCCACAAGGUUAGAGAAUGUGUUACUAAUGGUCUGGUCAAAACACUUCAUGUCACAACAGACAAACAGCUGGCGGACGUUUUCACCAAAGCCGUACAAGCAGGACAGUUUCAUGCUCUUAUUGGCAAGAUGGGCUUGAUCUCUAUAUAUAUGCCAUCUUGA